AUGUCUUCAUCCACAAUUUCCUUCGAGACUAUUAAUGGAUCCGUUACCAAUAUUAAAGGAACCGAUGCUACCUCCGCCCUGAAAAACAAAGGAUCAACAGCCUGUGGACGUGCUUACCAUAAUGCCGAGACUGGUACUUACAUCCUUCCUUGUGAUGACGAUGAGAAAAAACGCCUGAACUUGCAACAUAACAUUUUUAAAAUAAUGUUUGAUGGAUUGACUGUACCUGCUGUGAAGCAUAACUUUGCACCUGGUUCAAAGGUUCUUGAUAUAGCAUGUGGAACAGGAAUCUGGACUAUGGAAAUGGCCCAGGCUUAUCCAGAUUGUACUUUUAUUGGAAUUGACAUGGCUGAUGUCUUUCCAAAAGAGAAUGUACCUCCAAAUGUUGAAUUUAAGAUUGUGAACGCUUCUGAUCUCUCUGAAUUUGAAGACAACACUUUUGGCCUUGUCCAUACACGACUUCUAAUUGCAGGCUUCCCAGCAGAUAAGUGGAUUCCGAUGAUCAAAGAAAUAUACCGUAUUGUAGCUCCAGGAGGAUUAGUCCAAUUUUUGGAAUAUGAUUUUAUUUCUGGACCAAAGCAAGGAAGUAUUUUGAAGGUUAUCACGUCAUUGUAUUUUGCCAUAACCGAAAGAAACAACGAUUUCUUCAUUCCUCAAAAGCUGGCCCCAUAUCUGCUACACAGUGGAUUCGAUGUUAUCUUAGAAGAUAAUAAAAAGCAGAUGUUUUCUUCUGAGGAGGAUAAUUUGUCAAAGAUGAUUCUACAAAAUUGGAUUGAGGCCCUCGAUGGAUUCAAACCAUUUAUGAUUCCGCACUUGUGCCCUGAAAACCCUGAAGCAUUUGAUUCAAUUAUCGACAUUUAUAUCAAGGAUUGCAUUGAGCACAAAUGGUUUCUCAAUGCGGUUAUAGUAGUUGGUGCCAAGCCCUUGAUUGCCGAGUGA